AUAUAGUCAAAAGUUGCAGGGUACUUAAGGCUUUGUCUUGGCCUCCUCGUCUUCUUCAGCAAAGUCUCUCUUGCAACUCCAAAAAGCAACCAUGUCUGCUUUUGUCGGCAAAUACGCAGAUGAGCUGAUCAAGACGGCCAAGUACAUUGCAACACCGGGAAAGGGAAUUUUGGCGGCAGAUGAGAGCACAGGAACCAUUGGGAAACGAUUCUCCAGCAUCAAUGUUGAGAACAUUGAGUCCAACCGCCAAGCUCUCCGUGAGCUUCUCUUCACUUCCCCAGGCGCUCUCCCUUGCCUCUCCGGUGUUAUCCUCUUCGAGGAAACCCUUUACCAGAAAACUUCUGAUGGCAAGCCUUUUGUCGAGUUCCUCCAGGAGAACGGAGUUAUCCCCGGAAUCAAAGUGGACAAGGGUGUGGUUGAUCUAGCAGGAACCAAUGGUGAGACCACUACUCAGGGUCUAGACUCGCUUGAUGCACGUUGCCAGGAGUAUUACAAGGCAGGAGCCAGGUUUGCCAAAUGGCGUGCUGUCCUCAAGAUUGGUGCCACCGAGCCGAGCGAGCUCUCGAUCCAAGAGAACGCCAAGGGGCUGGCACGUUAUGCCAUCAUCUGCCAGGAGAACGGACUGGUCCCAAUCGUCGAGCCAGAGGUUCUGACUGACGGGAGCCACGACAUCAAGAAGUGUGCGGCUGUGACUGAGACGGUUCUUUCUGCCGUGUACAAGGCCUUGAACGACCACCACGUCCUCCUCGAAGGCACUCUUCUAAAACCUAACAUGGUCACUCCCGGCUCAGACAGCGCUAAGGUUGCACCGGAAGUGAUAGCUGAGUACACAGUGAAUGCUCUCCGUCGCACGGUUCCACCCGCAGUUCCAGGAAUCGUGUUUCUCUCAGGAGGACAGAGCGAAGAGGAAGCAACGCAAAAUCUGAACGCAAUGAACAAGCUCGAUCUGUUGAAGCCAUGGACGCUCACAUUCUCCUUUGGCCGAGCCCUCCAGCAAAGCACACUCAAGGCUUGGGGAGGUAAGAAAGAGAACGUAGCCAAAGCACAGGCCACGUUCUUGGUCAGGUGCAAGGCUAACUCGGACGCUACACUUGGGAAAUACAUUACUGGGGCUUCUGGUGACUCUGCUGCCUCCGAGAGCUUGUUUGUGAAAGGAUACAGUUACUAGGGCGGCGUCUGCGUUUGAUACGGUUUGGGUAUAUCUUAUAUAUGAAUGUUUUGUUGGCGUUCGAUUUGGUUUAAAUGUCUGUUGGAUUUGGUUUAUCGUUUGACCAAAUUGUGUAAUGUCUUAAGUUAUGUGUAUUAUGGAUUUCUCUCCCUCUUUGUCAAAAGGCUCUUGUGAUGGUUAUUUUAACGUUAUUUUUGGCGCCAA